AUGGCCAAAAUGAAAAUGUUAGCGCGCCAAUAUUUUUGGUGGCCUAAUCUUGACAAAAACAUCGAAGAGUAUAUCAAAAAUUGUAAUGCCUGUAUGUCGACGGCUAAGGCACCGCCGAAAGCAGCGCUGAUCAAAUUUCGCGAGGCAGAAGCACCCUACGAGAGAGUUCAUAUAGAUUUCUUGGGGCCCUUUCAUGGAAAAAGCUAUUUAUUGAUCAUCGAUGCGUAUUCAAAAUGGCCAGAAAUUUUCGAAAUGAACAAAGUAGAUUCUAAUAAUACAAUCGAAAAGCUAAGGGAAUGCUUCGCGAGAUUUGGUCUGCCGCAAAUAAUUUUUUCGGACAAUGGUCGACAAUUUACAUCUGACGAAUUUGCAAAAUUUUGCGAACUAAACGGCAUUCUUCACCGAACGUCGGCGCCGUAUCAUCCGUCGACAAACGGACAAGCCGAAAAUGCGAUAGGUACAUUUAAACGAAGCAUCACGAAAACUUUAAACGAAUGCGACAGCAGAAUUAAAAUGACGACUAUAAUAAGUAGAUAUUUGUUAACGUAUAGGAACAUUCCACAUUGUACGACCGGGGAAACCCCCGCGAAAUUAUUAUUAGGAUACAACGUCAGAACGCGUUUGGGAUUCUUGAACAAGACGAUAUCGCAAAAAAUGAGAGAAAAACAAAUUAGACAUUUUGGAGGCAAACGAGAGAUCAAGUUUAAAAAAGGGGAAAUAGUAUAUGCCCGUUGUUACAGGAAUCCAAGUAAACCGACGUGGCGAAGGGCUUUGGUCAAAGAAAAGUUGGGAGAAAGAAAUUAUUUAUGUAAAUCUGAAGAGGAAAAUGUGGAAUGGAAGAGGCACGUAGAUCAAUUAAAGAAAAGCGGUACUUUUUACGAAAACGAGCUUUCAGAACCAAGUUCCGAACAUCGGGUAUCAGAUCAAUCGAGAACUGACCACCGGGUGUAA